AUGAAAUUUACGUUCCUUGCCGCUCUGGCUCUGGCCUCGCAGGCCCUGGCCGUUCCCCAUUCCGUACUCCAGAAGCGCUAUCCAUCGGGAUCAUUCUCUAUUCUUGCCUAUGGCAUUGGAUCUGGACCCCUGAGUGUAUUCUACUCUGACGGACUCGCAUACGUCGGUGAUGCUUCACAGUGGGAUUCUGGAUCGGUAACGACCGACGUUACAUUCACCUUCAACAAUACUCAGAUUCUCGCCACGGCUACCAACAAGGAUUAUACUUUUGAUAAUGAGACUUUCCUCUAUAUUCGCCCUACGGCCAAUGAGGUGCUCCCGGUGGGAUUCACUGGUAACGAUAAUGAUACGCCUGAUGAUGCGGUGGCAGGCUCGUUCCUUUUCUAUGGCACCUAUCUCAUGUGGGAAGACGAUGAUGGCGUGCUCAGUGAUUCGUUCCGGUUGAAAGAGACCGAGGUCAGCGAUAUCUACCAGCUUUAUUGGGAUACCUCGAAUCUUUAUCCAUCUGGGUAUCUGACGCCGGUUAUAAAGUCAUCAGUUUAG